AACGGAACCAUCGGUUAGGGCAUCUCCACAUUAUCCUAUUGCUUCUCAACAAUGAUCCACCUGAAUCGCCGCCGUUGGACAUUCUGCAGCGCAACGAACAAAUCUAUCCGUCCCGCUCGCUCGCGUCCCGCGCAAGAUGCGCCCUCCUUCUCCGCGCGCCCCGCCAGCCGACCAAUAGCGGCCAUCUUUUGCUCCCCCGAGAGCAAGCGACAGUGCGUUCUCUCAUCACAUAAGCACAAAGAGACGCGAUCUCGCCGCGUGAGGUUGUCGCCCGCUCCGGGAGACGUGAGUUCUACGCAACCCGCAACGUCAAUAUUUAUAGUGCCUUCAAACUUUUAAGUGUUUUAAGACUGUAAAUUCUGUGCUCAAAUAAUUAUAGUGUUUUGUGAGAGACUGGAGUUGGUGAAUGAACAUUUUCUCAAUAUCGAACGUCUUCAGAUAGCGCGAAAAUUAUUCACGAUUGGGCGUCGACGUGGUCGGACGUCGCGGGCCAUGCAGGGCGCCGCUAGCGCCCCCGCGCCUCCCGCGGCCGAGCCGCCAUCUUCGCAACAAACCAAAACAGAGGAGGUCAUCACACAAGCUAAAGUCGAAACAGACAAAGAAAUGGACAGAAUGGUCGACAGACAGGAAAUCAGAACUGCUAGAACUACAAGCAUUGACAGCGACAAUCGAUCAGAUAGAAGUGAAGAGGACGAUUUAAGAAAAGCGCGCAAGAGAGCAGCUUCAACUUCUCCCUGUCCUAGUUCACUAGACAAGAGAAUAACCAGAUAUGAAUGUCCUAAAUGCAGACAGCGAUUUGAUUCCGCAAAUGCUUAUGAUAUUCAUAGAUUUACAGCGCAUGGCGACGAUACUAAGACUGGUUUCGACGAUCUCACUUUAAUUGAUUUCUCAAGUAAAAAGUUCCCAGAAAUCGCUCGCGAAAUGACCGAACGUAAUUCUCGAAUUUCUAUUAGCGAACAACGUUAUAGAUGUGAUGUUUGCUCCAUAAAUUUUCCCUGCAGGCAGGCCCUUGACAUUCAUAAAAAAUCGUGCUCUGGCUCUACCCGGAUUCCUACCCCAGACCGUGAUAGAAGAGAAGAUUUCUUUGCCAAUCUGAAUCUUAGGAACCGCUCUUUUGGCAUACCUGAUACGUUAACACCACCUAUAGAUCGAUUCACAGCAAAAUAUGAUGAUGGUCAUCUCACAAAUGGUAUGAGACACAUCGAUGCUGCUAGAGAUUUGGCAGAUAUACAAUCUAUUCUGAACGUCACAUCUGCUGGAAGCCUCUUAGAAAGACUGACUGGUACUAGGGUACCAUUAGAAAGUACUGUUUUGACACCCCCUGAUACAGUGGUAAAAGAACGUGAACAAGAAGAAACUCAAGAUAACUUCGCAGCUGAAUUCCGUCGUAUGAAGUUACGAGGAGAGUUUCCAUGCAGAUUAUGUCCUGCUAAAUUUCCAAACCUUAGAGCUCUGAAAGGACAUAACAGAGUACACCUUAAUGGCACUGGUGCUGGUCCUUAUCAAUGUAAUAUGUGUCCGCAUGCUUCUUUGGACAAGGCAGCUCUAGUUCGACACAUGCGUACACAUAAUGGUGAUCGUCCUUAUGAAUGUGCAGUGUGUAACUACGCUUUUACAACAAAAGCAAACUGUGAAAGACAUUUAAGAAAUCGGCACGCCAAAGUAACAAGGGAAGAUGUCAAGCGCUCUAUUAUAUAUCACCCGUCUGAAGAUCCAAAUAAUGAUGAAGUAAAUUCAAAACUUAGUCGGGACGAAGUAAAGAGAUCACUUGCAUUUCAUACUCCUGAAGUUGAAAGGCGAACCGAAAAUACUGGAAGAGAUACACCUCUUAGUCAUUUUACACCAAACUUUAUUAACGACAGACAUCCAGUUCAAUCUUUAACUUCUAAAUCUUUAUCAGACGCUUCUUUAGUUACAAGAGAAAACGAACAACCUUUACCAAGAAUAAAAGUAAAAGGUAUUGGACAAUUAACGCAAAUCCCUGAAUAUAGAUCACCUGAACUUACAACAUAUAAGUCCAAUGAUGUCCAAACGGACGCUUAUGAUGAAGCUCCAGUAGAUUUGAGUACUAAUGACAACAAUAGUUGUGAUGUUCUUGAUCUUAGUAAAAAGAAACGAGAUGUCGAUGAUGAGUGUAAAACGCUAACAAGGCCAUCUUUUGAACCCGAUCCAGCAACUACUGUGUUAGAAAAAUCAAGGCUGUUUAGUUGGGCCAAUGCUCAUACACAAAGACUAAUAGAAAACUCGCUUCCAAAAAUUGAUCCUGCUUUUUAUACUACACAGCUAUCACAGCUGUAUGCUAGUACCGUGCCAGGACUUGCUGGACUUCCUUUGGCGCCUUCCUUUUCAAUCAGCCCUUAUUUUCUACAACCGUCUCUAUUUCCUCAUCCUACUGAUUCCCAAGAAGUGGUUGAAAUGAAGCAGAGAAUUCAAAAAGAGAUUAUUCGUGGCCUAAGCAUGUCAGGGGGACGACUCGUAGCGAACGAUCAAGACAUCCAACCGAAACAGGAACCAGAAGAAGAAGAACAAAAGCCUACACAGGCUGUAUCUCCUUUACCAUCACCUCAAUCAGAAUCUCCUAGACCCUUGGCUAACAACAUUGUUCCCCAAUCAGAACCAGUUAAAUUGGUUAUUAAAAAUGGUAUACUCAUGCCUAAACAAAAACAAAGACGCUAUAGGACAGAAAGACCAUUUUCAUGCUCUCAGUGCUCAGCUCGUUUCACUCUCCGUUCAAACAUGGAGAGACACGUAAAGCAGCAGCACCCACAACACUGGAGUGUAAGGAGACCAACUACUAGAGCUCCUCCGCCUUAUCCAACGCCUGAUUCACUAGCUGAUCGUGUAAAAUAUGCUCUUCUGACACGCCAACUUGAACGUCCCUUACAACAAUCUGAACGUUCACCGAUACGCAGAGAUUCUGACGAAGUCGCGGACAAUGAAGAAGAUGAGGACGACACAUUAGUUAUAGAUGAGGAGCCAGAUGUGAAUAACAAACCCGAUGAACAUUCUGCUGCUCAUCGAGCUGCUGCAGAAAUUUUAAUGGCUUCUCGUCAGCAAGAGCUCAAUAAAGACUUCGAUCUUAAAAUCGCUGGAAAUUUUAUAAACAAAACUUCUGCCACACCUGAAAAAAAUGAUUCCGGGACUAAUUCCAUAAAUGUUACCGGUCAAGAUUCAUUGCCAAUACCUGUAGUGCCCACGCGCAGUGAUGAAGAAGAAGACGAGGAAGGUCUUGUCGCUUCUACUAGUGAAGGGAAUAACUCUGGAAGCGACGAAAACAAAUCUGAAUCAGACACCGGAAAUCAGCCACCGAAAAAGAAAUCAGCAUACAGUUUAGCUCCUAACCGUGUGUCUUGUCCGUAUUGUCACCGAAAGUUCCCGUGGUCAUCUUCACUUCGACGUCACGUAUUGACGCAUACCGGACAGAAACCAUUCAAGUGUCCACAUUGCACCCUGCUUUUUACAACAAAAUCCAACUGUGACCGUCAUUUGCUAAGAAAGCAUGGAGGAUCGGCAAGAGCUGUAUUAGCUGAACCGAUCCCUGAUACAGUCUCCCCACCUCAACAUAUAAAUGAUAUAAGAACUGUACCAGAGAGGCCAUUCAAAUGCGCAUCAUGCCCUACUAGUACUUUCUCAUCUUUGGAGACUUUAAAGAAGCACAUGUCAUCAAGACACGGCACAGGUGAUUCUCAGCCGGGAUCUCCAAACCCUGAAAUUAAUGAAGACAUUCCUGAUGGUGGUCUAGUCUUCAAGUGUCAUCUCUGUGAGUCUUCUUUCGGAGAUAGGGGAGGAGCGUUAAAUCAUCUAGCAACCGUGCAUUCCAUGGAAUAUGAGCAGCUAGUAAGCAAGGGAGCCUUAGAUGCAGCUAGCGACAGAAGCGAGAGUGCUGAUGAUGAUGAUAGGGGCAAAUUUCCAGACCACGCUAACAGAAAGGUAGUUUGCGCUUUCUGUGUCCGUCGCUUUUGGUCCGCGGAAGAUCUCCGUCGUCACAUGCGUACUCACUCCGGGGAACGGCCAUUUGCCUGUGAUCUGUGCCAUCGGAAAUUCACUCUAAAACAUAGUAUGUUACGCCACAGAAAAAAACACCGGGACGAAAUCACUGACGACGAAGAAGUCUCGCCGCCAAAUACCCCAAUUGAAACUGAUAAUUUGACAAAUGGAUAUAGAUAUCGGGAUGACGAGGGUUCCGGUUGCGAGAUCCCAAGCAACGUUAACAACAAUAAUUCCCCACCAGCGGCGCCCUACGACAAAAAACUCAAAUUAGACAUGACCUCACGCAAAUAUUCAUCAGAUGCUGAAAACGACGGCGAAAAUGGCAGCGAUCUCAUAGGCAAACUGUUGGGUAUCCCUGACAAAACGAUUAUCAAUAAGCUACUCUCUUCCGCAGACGAGGCGGCGAAGUUCUUAGGAGUGAAUAAAUGAGAGUACGCUUUAGUCCUUGUGACGCCAGCUAGACUCGUCCUAGCUCCACGAGGACUAAAAAUGCCAUUGCAAAUUCAGACAUCACCUGCUAAUAAAACUCGUACAACGCCCUCUAUCAACGAGUAGGCAUUUAAUUGUAGUUAUCAUGUAUUAUUUCAGAAUAAUGUAAAUAAAUUAUAUAUAUUGCUAUUAAAAUUUAUUAUUAAAAUUAUACUACUACUAUAACUAGGUGCCUUUAGCUGCCUUAAUUUUACGAAAAUAUGAACCGUCCUAUUCUGCCUUAAUGUACUAUGCUUAAUAAAAUUGGGAUUCGAGCAACGAACAUUUCUGUAGUGCCAGAUAGAAAAGUACAUUUUAUUGUUUACUUUUUAGGAAAUAAGUAACAUUUAUUAUCUCAUAUCAAUCUUAAUUAGGUUAAGGUAUUUUAAUAAGCUAGUUUACUGAAGAGCACCAACCAAAAAUCUAUAUCAGCUAAUUAUAUCACGUAAAUAAUUGCAUUUCCAUCUAGUCGUGUCACACUAGGUAUUGUUCACAGCUCUGCAUUUUCAAGGCUACAAUAAACUGUUUUAAAUUGUCGCAUUAAUAAUAAAUAAUGAUCAGCCAAAAAUAAAUUUCGCAAAUAAAUCCAAAAUUUUCUAGUCAAUUUCUUAGACUUUUCUUACAACAUAUAACUUAGCUAAAAUACCAAAAUGUCAGUAAUUAGGUUUUCUAUUUAGGAUUAUAUAAAAUAAGUUUGACAUAAGGACCGUUUAAGUGUAGGUUAAUACCUAUAAUAAACCUCAAUUAUCCUACCAAUGAAUAGUUAUUAAGUGCUUAAAUUUGGUAAACAUAAGUAGGUAUCAAUAACAUUUGUUCAUAAGUCUGUAAUAACUAAUUCUAUAUUCUAUGCUUUCACUAUUUUAGUGUUUCAAUAAGACCAAAAAGUAGAACAAUUCAUUUACACCACCUAAUAUUUCUAUCCUUUCUUCAAUUUCUUUUUAGUACGUACCUAUUUAUUGUUUGCCUUUUUUAUCUUAAUAUUAGUACUUAUUGAAGUGACAUUUUAUUUGCUCAAAUUCAUGGCAUUUCUUUUAUUGAAGACUAGAAAUUAAAUGUUAAAUAAUGUAAGCAAAAUGGCUAGGAUCUCUUUAUACUCUUAAAUACAAUUUACGAGAUAUAUGUAUAAAUUUAGUGUGUUAUAGUUUCGGUGGUCUUUUUUUACCGAUUUUUGGUAAUCAUUGUAAGAAAAUUAAAUUUAUGUUUUGUUAAGUACCGAAAAUUUUAUUCAAAGAUGUAUAAUUAUUUUCUAUUUUUUCUUUUUUUUUUUUUUGUAUAACUAAAUAUUGGUGCGGUUACGUUACGUUUGUAAGGGUUUAAAAAACCUUAAUUAUUAGAAUUUAAUUAAUUAUAAUAAAAAAACAGUCUCAUUAAGUGAGACGUUGAAUCAUACGCUAGAAUAUACCUAAGUCCGACGUUUGCUUUGUAUAUGAAAUUGCUAUAUUAGAUACAGAUUAAUUAUUUAAAUACAUAUUACAUAGAUUAAAAUUAUAGAUACAUUAUAUAAAUUUCAUCCUUAAUGUUAGAACAGUCUACGUAAUAUAAUAAAAUAAAUAUAUUACUUGUGGUGGUAUUCGUGCAAAUAAACCUUUAUCUGAGAGACAUGAUCAUGUCAUAAAUAAUUGUUAAGAUUCGAGUAGUGUAAUUUAAAAUAAAUCAUUUACUGAUCAUCAUCUUUAUCAAUCAAUUAAUGUGUGCAAUUAUGGCUGGAGUGAAACUAUUGCAAAUACUUUAAAUUGUUUAGAGAGAGCAUUACUAGAGGAAGACUUUGUACAAAAGUCGUUUGCUUGGGUACCUCUAUCCCAUUCGUGUUUCUACCGAGAAGCAGUUGUGUUUGCAUGGCUGUGUUUCGGUUUGAAGGUUGGGAUAUGGUAGUGAAUUUACAGGGUACAGUGGACUAACACCUGAGUCCUCAGGAAUAGCAACGCAUGGGGAGUAUCAUGGGCGAAACAGUAUACUCUGUUAUGUCCAUGACACUGCUCAUGUCUAUAGGCGACAGUCAUCAGUUUCCAUCAAGUAGGCCGUUAACUUGUUUGCCAUUCUAAAUAAUAAAUUCAAUAAAAAAUUAAUAAUAAUUGCAAUGAAUUAUUAUUAAAACAAAAUUAAUAAUAAUUCAUUGCAAUACUAAAUAAUAAAUAGAAUUAAUUGUAAAAGUACUUACCUAUAUAGUAUCCAAAGGUUUUUAUAAAAUCAUUAGAUAUUAUUAAUUAAUUACAUUAAUAUAUAGCAAAGUAAAUUUAAAUAUUAUAUUUACUGCUUUAAAAAAAGAAACCUGCUUGAUGUCAAUUAUACUUAAAAACAACGAUUUUGAUAUUAAAUCAUUUUAACACUGUACCUCUAUGUUAGAUUUACGAUUUUUAUUAUUCAUAGCAAAAAAAUAGUGUUAGUACUUAUUUAAUUGUCGUGAAUGUGUUACAUAUUAGUAUUUAAAUAUGUACUUAGUCUCUUUUUUAUUUGUAAUUAUUGUUUAGAUUAUAAAAUAUUUAAUGAUAAGCUAUUAAUGUAAGAAUAUUGUGGCAACACCGCUUGGCCUUUCAAUGUAGUAUUUGUGUGUUUAAAAUUCGCUCUAAUUUUUAAGAUAAUAUUAUUAAAUAAAUUGUACCAUAAUUGUAUGCAUGAUUUAAUAGUACCUAAUUAUUAUACUUAUUAUAGUGAAAUGUUUACUAUUCACCUAUUCGCCUCUCUUAUACUUCUUUGCAAUACGAGUGUCGUUUUAAAAACGUUUUUUUGUGAAAUACAUAAUGGUGUAUUAUUAAUUAA